AUGUGUAACACAGCCAUGUCUGUUCUGGAGAUGGGCUGUGAGCAGUCUUUCCACAGGGGCCUUAAAGCCUCUGUGCUGGGUCCUAUUCCUGAACCUUGCCUCCUGCACCGAGAGAUGUCUUGCUGCAGACCCUGUCCCCCACGGCCCUGCGGCCCCUGUGGCCCAACGCCCCUUGCAAGCAGCUGCAGCGAGCCGUGCCUCGCCCGCUGUGCUGACUCCACGGUGUACAUCGAGCCUUCGCCGGUGGUGGUGACCCUGCCGGGCCCCAUCCUCACCUCUUUCCCUCAGAGCACGGCCGUGGGAUCCUCUCUGUCAGCUGCUGUGGGCAGCUCCCUCAGCACCUCAGGGGUUCCCAUCUCUUCUGGGGGCUCCCUUGGGCUGGGGGGCUCAGGCCUGUGCCUGCCUAUCCCCCGCUGCGGUCAGAUCUGCUGA